CAAAUACACUCUACUACAAUCAUCCCACGGGUUCAUAUGCACAGGGACUGUAUCCGCGGUCCCGGCAUCCGGGAAAAAAAAAAGAAAACUACCAAAAUGAUGCCCACCAUGCCGGUCGCUCAGGUCUUGGCCUGCAUCUACUGCGGCUCCCAACUCUGCUCAACCGCCUGUUACCCGACUCACAAGGACCAAUACACCUGCCACGUCUGGCGCUGCCCUGGACGGAACCCUGUAGCGCCUGUUCAGCUUCCGAGCGCUGCCACCAGCCACGCCGUCCAAGCCCACGGAAGCGGGACCAGCCGUCCAGCACCAAUCUACACAAACAUGCCGUCGACCACUUUGACGUACAACAACUACCUACCCACGAACCCUCAAUUCGAGGUCUCCCCACCCGCAAGGCAUAGUGUCGUCGCCGACACGUUUCGGGGUGGACCACACGAGCAUUCCCCUUACCAAGGCUCCAAAACUACAAGGAAUCCGAGGCCGCCCAGCGCCGUUAUUAACGACUCUCUGAACCCAUCGGGUCAGCAGACACAGGAACAAAGCAAUCAGACUUUUCGGGCUUCUCAACCUCCCCAAACAGAAAGGGCAGCUGGUCCUGAAACUAGCACUAGCGGCGAUCCGUCUGUCACCAAUUGGACUCCAGACUUCCGCCGUGGUUUUGAAACGGGGAUCGCCAUGGGCACGGGCAUGGGUUUAAUGUUUGCUAUGGGUCUCCCGCUAGCGCGCCCACAAGAGACUCGCCAAGGUCGCCGAGGCGAGCGUGACAGCGCUGCCGGGAGCCACUCGAGCCACUCGCUGUGCAACAUUGCGAACGCCAUGAUCGAUACCCGUUCCGAUGACGCCAGCGACGACGCCCAAGGUCGUCCAGUGGAGAGGAGUGAGCUCCCCGCCAAAAGGCCGGACAAGGAGGAGGCCAGGGUUGACCGGAAGUUGAAUGUGAAUUGAUGAAACCAGGCGCGGUGAUUACCAAUUACUAACUUGAACCCAAUCGUGUCAGCGUACCGUGGCUAUGGAUUUGGGGUGCGG